GAGCUACCUUAGGAGAGCCGCGUCCACACAUUGCUACCCGCAGACGGAGCAGGGCAGGCAGGGGCAGGCCGGCGAAGCAAAAGCCCCCCUGUCCCAGCACCUCCCUCUCGUGGCCUUUCCCCCCCACGCCCUGCUCUCCUCCCGGUGCGUGGCUGCCGGGAAAGCUCCCUGCGGCUCAGCUCCGCCUCCGAAAGAGGAAGGGCCGGACACGCUGCAGGCAGGGGCGCCGGCGAUCGCCGAGCGGGCCGGGCUUUCUGCUUUGCGCCGCGGCGGGCCCGGUGCUGGCUGCCAGGGCGAGCCAUGGAGCGGGGGGCGCCGGAGCACUCGGCUUGCGGUCGCCAUCUCCUCCGGCUGGGCGCGCUGCUGCUGCUGCUCCUCUUGCCGGGGCCCGGGAGCUGUGGAAAUGCCAAUUCAGUGACUUUGCCAGAGACAUUAUUGUUCGUUUCAACUCUUGAUGGGAGAUUACAUGCAGUUAGCAAGAGAACGGGGUCAAUUAAAUGGACUUUAAAGGAAGAUCCUGUACUUCAGGUGCCGCUGCACAUGGAAGAUCCUAGGCCGGCAUUUCUUCCUGAUCCCAAUGAUGGAAGUCUGUACACCCUUGGUGGCAAGAAUAAUGAAGGCUUAACUAAACUGCCAUUCACCAUCCCAGAGCUUGUCCAGGCCUCCCCUUGCCGCAGUUCAGAUGGAAUUCUAUACAUGGGGAAGAAGCAGGACAGCUGGUAUGUAGUAGACCUUGCAACAGGAGAAAAACAGCAGACUUUAACCUCUUCAUUUGCUGAAAGCCUGUGCCCAUCUACCUCCCUGCUAUAUCUUGGUCGAACAGAGUACACCAUCACUAUGUACGAUACCAAGAGUAAGGAACUCCGCUGGAAUGCCACUUACUUCAAUUACGCAGCAACAUUGCCUGAUGAAGACGCCCAAUACAAAAUGUCUCACUUUGCAUCUAAUGGAGACGGACUAGUGGUGACUGUGGACAGUGAGUCCGGGGAUGUCUUGUGGAUCCAGAAUUAUGGUUCCCCCGUUGUAGCUUUUUACAUCUGGCAGCGGGAAGGCCUAUGGAAAGUAAUGCACACCAAUGUGGGAGUAGAAACCCUGCGCUACUUGACGUUCAUGUCCGGUGAAGUUGGGCGCAUCACUAAAUGGAAAUAUCCAUUUCCCAAAGAAACGGAAACCAAAAGCAAACUAAUGCCAACACUUUAUGUAGGGAAAUACUCUACCGGCUUAUACGCUUCGCCAUCAAUGGUACAUGAAGGAGUGGCUAUUAUGCCCCGGGGAAGUCCCAUUCCACUGAUAGAAGGCCCUAAAAUACAAGGAGUCACUAUCGAAGAAUGUGUGAUCACCCCAAGUACUGAUCUAAGGUUCCAGCCUGAAUUUAAAUCAAAGAAAGGACUCCAUUAUCUGAGGAACCACUGGCUUUUAAUAGGGCAUCAUGAGACCCCAUUAUCAGCCUCCACCAGGAUCCUGGAGAAAUUUCCAAGCAACCUGCCGAAACGUCAGGAAAAUGUGAUCCCAGCAGAUUCAGACAAAAAAGUUUUUGAAGAGGCAAUUAAUAUGGCUGGCAGUCCUGAGGAGAAUUUGCCACGCCCUGUUCCAGAGAACGCUGCCGAGACAAACAGCCAAACUACAACCCGACAAGAGGCUCCGGUUGAUUCCAUCUUGAAGAAUUUUGCCACCGUUCUCUUGAGCACUUUCCUGCUUGUUGGCUGGGUAGCCUUUGUUAUCACCUAUCCCAUGAGCAUGCACCAUCAGCAGCAGCGCCAGCACCAGCAAUUCCAGAAACAGAUCGAAGAGAAGCUGCAGUUGUUGAAGCAGCAGCCUUUCAGACCCCCCAUAGACCUUCCUCCUGAGGCAGAAACUCUGGAGGGUCCUUGUGCCAGGCAAGAUGGCUCAGCCACCAGCUCACCAAAUAUGUCGCCAAAGACGUCAAACCACUCUGCCUACUCCAACCUCUCUGCCUCUGACGUUGGAAGCUGCCUUUCCACCGAACCUGAAGGAGAUGGAAACUCAGGCACCAUUGUGGUUGGAAAGAUUUCAUUCCAUCCGAAGGACGUCCUUGGGCAUGGAGCCGAGGGCACCAUUGUUUAUAGGGGCACCUUUGACAACAGAGAUGUCGCUGUGAAGAGAAUUCUCCCUGAAUGUUUCAGCUUUGCUGAUCGGGAGGUCCAGCUUCUGCGUGAAUCUGAUGAACACCCGAAUGUAAUCCGCUACUUCUGCACAGAGAGGGACCGUCAGUUCCAGUACAUUGCUCUGGAACUCUGUGCUGCCACCUUACAGGAGUAUGUGGAACAGAAGGACUUUGGUCACCAUGGCUUGCAGCCAAUCACUCUCUUACAGCAGACCAUGUCUGGCAUGGCUUAUCUUCACUCUCUCAAUAUAGUCCACAGAGACCUGAAACCCCACAACAUCCUCAUCUCUAUGCCGAACGCCCAUGGCAAGGUGAAAGCCAUGAUCUCCGACUUUGGCCUCUGCAAGAAGCUUGCUGUCGGCAGGCACAGUUUUAGCCGCCGGUCUGGAGUCCCAGGCACCGAAGGUUGGAUUGCUCCAGAGAUUCUGAGCGAGGACUGCAAAGAGAAUCCGACCCACACAGUGGAUAUUUUUUCUGCUGGUUGUGUUUUCUACUACGUGAUAUCAGAAGGAAACCAUCCAUUUGGCAAAUCCCUGCAGCGGCAAGCCAACAUUUUACUGGGCGCAUACAGUCUGGAUUUCCUAAAUCCAGAGAUCCAUGAGGACAUUGUUGCACGUGACUUGAUAGAGCAAAUGAUAAAUAUGGAUCCUCAGAAACGACCUUCGGCUAAUUGUGUCCUGAAGCACCCUUUUUUCUGGAGCUUAGAGAAGCAGCUUCAAUUUUUCCAGGAUGUGAGUGACCGGAUAGAAAAAGAAUCUCUAGAUGGUCCAAUAGUGAAGGAACUGGAGAGAGCAGGAAGAGCUGUGGUGAAGAUGGACUGGAGAGAGCACAUAACCGUCCCGCUUCAGACAGACCUUCGGAAAUUCCGCUCCUAUAAAGGGGGCUCAGUAAGAGAUCUCUUGCGGGCAAUGAGGAACAAGAAACAUCACUAUCGAGAACUGCCGCCGGAGGUCCAGGAGACCCUGGGAUCUGUCCCAGAUGAUUUUGUGGCCUACUUUACGUCACGUUUUCCUCAUCUCCUGCUGCACACUUACAACGCGAUGCGCAUCUGCUGCCUGGAAAGACUCUUCCAGCCUUAUUACAUGCAGAACUCGGCCAGGAAGAUGUCUCUGGGAGAUGCUGUUUGACAGUUGGAGUUGUCUUGCACAUUACAGGGCCGAGGCAUUCGGCCUGCCUUAGCAGGGUGACUUGACAGAACUGCAAAAGGGUGAACCAAAACCAAAGCAAACUCUUUUGAGACCCAGACGUCUCAAACGUGCCUUGUACUCUGCCUGCUGUGACUCAGGAAGAAAAUUCCAGGUUGAAUUCGAAUGGAAGGGAGAUGGGACAGUACCAGGACUCAGGUUUCUAAAGCAGGAACAAUCCAGAGGAGUUCCCAAUUGGGAAGAAAAAUGAGGCGGGGUAUUUUCCCCAUCUCACUUGUGGUUUCAAAGAGAACCCUGUCCUGUAGGGUCUUCUAAUACUGGCAUUCAGGCCUUUCUACUGCACAGAAUGGUGUUUUUUUUUAAGGGUUAAAACGAUAACAUUGCCAAGCACCUUUUGGAUCUCAGGAAGAGAAUCCUCUUAACUGUAGCAUGCUGUCUCUGUACCACUGCCAGCUUAUGUACUUGAAGCAGAUAGGAAAUAAUUUGGAAAGGGCAGGGGGGUGGGGUAGAUCAAACAUGCAUGAUGCAAUACAGACAUGUGCCCCCUCCCUCGCCACUGUCCCUGUCUCUGUCUCCAAAUACAUUUGCGCAGAUCUCAGCUUGUCCUUAAAAUCACAAUCGUGUGCAACUUCUGUGCAGCGCUACCAGCUUGCAGAUAUGGAAUCAUAGCGUUAAACUCUACAUACCUGGAGAAAAUUAUUAUUCCAAUGCUAUUUCAGGUUUCUUUUCAAGAAUGUGAGUAGUUAGCUGUGUAAUUGAAAUGUAAGAAUUGACAAAAGUGCUUUAUUUUGUUUGUCAGAUUAAGACGGUAACUCAGUACUCUUUCUGGGAGUGCUCCUGAAUUCAGUGGGGCUUGUUUCCGAAUAGUCAAGUAUAAGAUUGCACUGUAAGAUGUUCACCCAAAUGAACAGUUAGUAGGGAGAAAAAAGAUUUGGGUAUAAAUUACCCUUUAAGAAGUAUCGGGAAACCAGGCAAAUAGUUACUGGGGAACCUGUUAGUUCAUUCAAACCAGUUUUCUUUAUGCACAGACUCUUGUGGGAAGCUCAAUGGAUGGAUCUGCUUCCCAUGCUGAAGGACGCCGUUUUCCUUUCCAGUAUCUUUAAAACUAGGGUGUGUAGUUUUUAUACAUGCAGAACAAAUAAGAAUCCCCAACAGCAUGCUCCAAAGUUGACCUAUUUGUAAUGCUCUUUUACAAAAUAUUUAUUUUGUGUAUUUAUAUUUAUUUAAUUUUUAUCACAAGUUAGUACCGCAAUGAAAAUGGUACAGGUGAAACAUGCCAAAUUGCUCUUUUUCUAAUAAAAGCAAAGCCCUCUUCAGGGUACUAAUUGAUUAAAAAAAUAAACAUGAAGAAGGAAAAUCAUAGAAAGCAUCUUUUCCAUUGGCUUGUUCAUUUUCGUUCAAUCUGGAUAAAAAUGUUUUUUUAAGAUGAGGAGGUUUUUAAUCUACAUUCCUGUAUUUGUUGUGAGUCAUAAAUUAUUAAUGGCUAAUGGUGUGAUAGGGCAUUAAUAUGGGGACUUGGUUUCUGCUUUGUCUUUUUGUCCUGUUUAUUUAGGGCUUUAUAUUACAGGGAUCCCCCCCCCCCACUAGUUUUAGGAUACACAGUGAAUAUUAAGGUAAGAUAUCCAAAGAGAAACAUUACAGGAUUUCAAAGUUUGAAAAUAAUGAUAAUCUUUACCUAACUUAAUUGAAAUCAUAUUUUUGUAGUUCUAUUUGUACAGGACUUUUAUAUUUCUUCUGAAUAAGAGCUUCACACAAAUCAAGAAUAAAAGUAGAUUUUUGAAA